CCACCUCUCAUUUGUUGGCCAAAGCUCACCGGGGUGACUUCAAUAUCUUGAGGACCACACGCUGGUUGGGAACCUCGCACGUUCAAGACUUUUCCGCUAUUCUGUGGCGCUGUGCUCUCUUUCAUCCACCGUGAGCAGAUCUCGUGUUUGUGUGCUGUGUGUUGAUCUGCGGAGAUCCGCACAAGAUUCGUGUACCUGUGGCGGUGUGGUGUGUGUCGUAAGUCGAUCGGAGACUCGAAGAAUUUUCUCUCGCUCUGGUGGCGCGCGAGCCGAGAAGGUACGUCCGGCCGGGUCGAUCGACUCAGAUGAUCUAGUGAAGUCAACCGGGACGGUGUUGUCCGGUCCUGUCCGCAGCAGCUUCUACCCAGUGCAGCAUCAAACCGUAGUGUGCCAUAGAGUGAAUCUUCCAGUGGUGUUUUGUGAAGUGAUCGAGUCGCUGUGACCACCAUCAUUAGGAACGGAAGUGAUCGUAACCAGUACCAGGUUGCAGUAGUUAUCGAAAAGCUCAUUAGAAGCUCGUUACGGACACAAUCGCUGCCGUGGACAAUAAGAAGGCUGCGACAGAUCUGGUUACGGUAGGUAGCAGGACACCCAACCGAAACGAGCACAAGAAAAGAAGAAAAAAAAACGGCCGAACGGACGUUAACGCAUUGACAUUACGAGCGCAGCGCAACCAGCCGGUGAAGCAGGAUGUCGUCCUGUGCGUGUCCUAUGACGAGCCCCGUCGGGGCCACACUGGCGGCACUGUGCGGCGGUACGCAGUACAUGCUGUUUAUGGGGCUGCUGGAGGUGUUUAUAAGGUCACAGUGUGAUCUCGAGGAUCCUUGUGGACGCACCAAGGCGAAAUCUUCCCGAAAUGUGGACUACGAGUACGACUUUAUCGUUGUUGGUGGUGGAUCGGGCGGAUCGGUAAUUGCGUCACGGCUGUCGGAGAUCAAGAACUGGAAGGUACUACUCAUCGAAGCAGGACCGGACGAACCGACCGGAGCGCAGAUUCCGUCCAUGUUUCUGAACUAUCUGGGAAGCGACAUCGACUGGAAGUACAACACGGAACCGGAACAGUAUGGAUGCCUGGGAUCACCGGAGCAGCGUUGCUACUGGCCACGGGGCAAGGUGCUCGGCGGUACAUCCGUGUUGAACGGCAUGAUGUACAUACGUGGCAACCCGCAGGACUACGAUGACUGGGAAGCGAUGGGCAAUCCGGGCUGGAAGUGGAAGGACGUCCUGCCGUACUUCAUGAAGUCGGAGGAUAAUCUGCAGAUCAACGAAGUCGACUCGAAGUACCAUUCGACGGGAGGUAUGCUUCCGGUUGGACGCUUCCCAUACAACCCACCAUUCUCGUACUCGGUUCUGAAGGGUGGCGAACAGCUGGGCUACCAGGUGCAGGAUCUUAACGGGGCCAACACGACCGGUUUCAUGAUUGCACAGAUGACCAACAAGAACGGUAUUCGAUUCAGUGCGGCACGUGCCUUCCUGCGUCCGGCUGUUAACCGGGCCAAUCUGCAUAUCCUCCUGAACACCACCGUCACCAAGGUGUUGGUCCAUCCGACGUCCAAAACUGCGCACGGUGUUGAGAUUGUGGAUGAGGAUGGGCACAUGCGCAAGAUUCUCGUCAAGAAGGAAGUUAUCGUGAGUGGUGGAGCGGUCAAUUCGCCUCAGAUUCUGCUGCUGAGUGGUAUCGGACCGAAGGAACAUCUGGAGAAGGUUGGCGUGCGUCCGAUUCACGAUCUGCCCGGAGUUGGUAAGAAUCUUCACAACCAUGUCGCUUACUUCAUCAACUUCUUCCUGAACGAUACGAACACGGCUCCACUGAACUGGGCAACGGCCAUGGAGUAUCUGCUGUUCCGUGACGGUCUGAUGUCGGGAACCGGUGUGUCGGCGGUAACGGCCAAGAUUAGCUCCAAGUACGCCGAGCGACCCGAUGAUCCCGAUCUGCAGUUCUACUUCGGUGGCUUCCUGGCCGAUUGUGCCAAGACGGGACAGGUUGGUGAGCUGCUGAGCAAUGACUCUCGCUCGGUGCAGAUCUUCCCGGCUGUCCUUCAUCCGAAGAGCCGUGGUUACAUCGAACUCAAAUCGAACGACCCACUGGAACAUCCCAAGAUCGUCGUCAACUAUCUGAAGGAAGAUCACGACGUAAAGGUGCUGGUGGAGGGUAUCAAGUUUGCUGUCCGUCUAUCGGAAACUGAUGCCCUCCAAGCGUACGGUAUGGAUCUCGACCGAACGCCCGUAAAAGCUUGCCAGGACAAGGACUUUGGAUCGCAGGAAUACUGGGAGUGCGCCGUACGGCAAAACACUGGCGCUGAGAACCAUCAGGCAGGCUCGUGCAAGAUGGGCCCCACCAGCGAUCCAGAGUCGGUCGUCGAUCACGAGCUUCGAGUGCACGGCGUGCGGAAUCUGCGGGUUGUCGAUGCGUCCGUCAUGCCGAAGGUCACCUCGGGCAACACGAACGCACCGAUCAUCAUGAUCGCCGAGAAGGGUGCCCAUCUGAUUCGCCGAGCGUGGGGCGCUCGCUAGAGAAACUGACGGACGGCUUCUCCUAGCAUUUACGGAAUGGGAUAGAUUUAUUUAGCACAUAAGCUCUACCCGCUUAGGCACACGCUCGUCCCAGAUAUUGUCCAACGGUUCGUCGCGAGGGAGUGCAUGCACGCACGCAAGGAAGUUCUCGAUUUUUUCGAAAGUAUUAUGCAUCUUUCAACCAACGUUUACAGUCUGUGUCUACCUCGAAUGGCAAAAUGGACUCUUUCUUUCGGCCGGCCGGCCGUACAUCGGAUGCGAGGUUCUCGUGGAAUCGAACAAUCAACAACCGGCGGCAUCAAGUGCGUGUUUCCAUAGUUAAACAAUCCGCAUACAUUUCCCAUCCCUCCAGGCAUGGCAUAUUCUGCCGCAUGUCCCGCUCAAAUUGUGUUAAUGUAAAGUUAAAUUAUGAAUAUCAAUAAAGAAUAAUUAUGGUACAAUCGAACGACUAGGGGAAUGCUCCCGAUGGAACAAGGAAUUCCAUAGGAGGACACUCUUCCGUAGGUGUGCCGAAAAUUUA